CAAUUAAAGCACGUGGUCGUAAAGUAUGGACUAGUACCUCCCACACGAAGCAAAAUAGGGAAUCCAACUGAAAAAAAUUAGUAGAAAACUUGACAACAAAAGCUAAAGAAUGGCGAUAGCAUAAAGAGUAGGCACUUGUCAAGCGCAAAACGAAAGUCAGGUAAUUGUGAAUUCAGGUCAAGGUUUCCAAGGAAAGGGUUAACUAAAAUUACAAUCUCAGGAGGACUAACUUCUCUGGUACUGGCUACGUCGAUGUUAGCCUGCUUGCUAGCUAGCUAGCUACCACCAAAAGGAUGUUCGUUGUAGUGGAGAUGGUGGACACGGUGAGGAUUCCUCCGUGGCAGUUUCAGCGACAACUCAACGAGGCCAUCGCUGAAGAAUUAAACAAAAAGUUGGCUAACAAGGUAGUCUACAACGUAGGUCUGUGCAUCUGUCUGUAUGACAUCACCAAACUAGAGGACUCCUAUAUAUUCCCAGGUGAUGGUGCCUCACACACUAAAGUGCACUUCAGGUAUGUGGUGUUCCAUCCUUUCCUGGACGAGAUCCUGGUGGGGAAGAUUAAGUACUGCAGCCAGGAGGGGGUGCACGUCAGUCUGGGAUUCUUCGAUGACAUCAUCAUUCCGCCAGAGUCUCUGCAGCAGCCAGCCAAAUUCGAUGAGACGGAACAGGUGUGGGUUUGGGAGUAUGAGACAGACGAGGGGGCCCACGACCUCUACAUGGAUCAGGGCGAGGAGAUCCGCUUCCGCGUCAUGGACCAAGUCUUUCUGGACACCUCCCCGACUGGUCCUGCUGUCACGGCAACCGACACCCCAGGAACAACCGUGGCCGAGGAUAGUGGUCAGAAAGAGGCUCCGUACACGCUGAUAGGGUCCAUUAGUGAGCCAGGCUUGGGACUCUUGUCCUGGUGGAACAGCUAGCGAUGAGGACAAAAGAGAAAAAGCGGAGAGCAGUGGGACAGGGUACAGGGGCGCACACACACACGAGGGCCGUCCCCCCAGACCUGCCCCGGGACCUGCCUGUGAGGAAUUCAGAUGAACUGCGAUUCUGUACCCCCCCUCCCUCCCAAAACGGAUGGCACAGUGGGCUGGGGUGGGCCUCUGGAGCUGUGUCUGAGAGAGAAAACACUCUUAUCUCCAGGGCACAGAAGUAUCACAGGGCCUGUCUGUAACGACAGCAAACACUGCCUGAGCUUGAUCUGAUUUUGGGCGGAGCAGACGCUGCCUGCGGAACGUUUGGCGUCCCACAGAGUGCUGUGUCUUUGUAAAUAUUGCUGUGGCCGCCUAUCGGCACGUUGCUGCCCAGUUCACAAUAAAGGAGCUUUGUUUCCAGUGAGCGAUUCGUGGUGGUGCCUGUGCUCAGUGUCUUUGGGUCUCCUUGCAUGCUGGUCUCCAUGCUCUGUCCUGAUUCAGCAGCUGUGGACAGGCUGAUAACACGCUCUGUGCCAGAUGUGUAUAUGUAAGCGUAAGAUCCAUUAUAUUUAUUGAGUUUGAGCUGCGGCCUGAAUUUUUAUGCUUCCGAAGUGUGGAUCGGUAUGUUACUUGGGUCACAGGCAACGCAAGGUUUCUGAUGCUGUAUAAUGAAUUAAUUUUUGUGAUUGUAAUUGUGAUUAAUUUUUUUACUUUCAUUUUGUUGACUGUGUGUGUUUGUGUGCGUGUAUGUAUAUGUGUGUGUGUGUGUAAAUAUAUAUAUAUAUAUAUAUAUAUAUUAGGUUUACAGAUGUACAGUGGAGGAGACAUUCAGAUCAAAUCAGUUCAGUCUAUGGCUUAAAUAAAUCGGAGCACUGUUGGCUA